GACGGCCCCGGUGUCCCGGCGGUGAGGAGCGGGUUCCCUUCAUUUGAAAGGAUCCUCCGGAGCCGGACGGAUCUACGCCGACACACGCAGACACUUGUAGCCGCAGUAGGGUCGCGGUCUCUCGGCCAUGGCCUCCAUCGUGUGCCGGGUCCAGUACCUGGAAGACUCGGACCCGUUUAUCUGCACCAACUUCCCCGAACCUCGGAGACCUCCGACGGUGAACGUGGAGGAGAACCUGCCGCUCAGCGAGCAGAUCGCCGGGAUACACAAGCUGCUGGAGGCGCCUCUCAAGUUGGAGGAGUGCACCCUUCAGUUGUCCCCUAAUGGAAACUACCUGGACCUGGACUUGUCUCUGGCCGAGCAGAGAGAUGAGCUGGACAGCUUCUAUGAAGACGUGAGUAAAGGGAAGAAGCCCAUCCUGAUCCUGAGGACUCAGCUCUCCGUCCGUGUUCACUCCAUCCUGGAGAAGCUGUAUAACUCUCAGGGUCCAGAGCUGCGACGCUCCCUGUUCUCCCUCAAACAGCUCUUCCAGGAUGAUAAAGACCUGGUUCCAGAGUUCGUGGCCUCUGAAGGUUUGACGUGUUUCAUUAAAGUUGGAGCAGAGGCCGACCACAACUACCAGAACUACAUCCUGAGAGCUCUCAGUCAGAUCAUGCUGUUCGUGGAUGGUAUGAACGGAGUGAUAAACCACAAUGAGACGGUGCAGUGGCUCUACACGCUAACAGGAAGUCUGUCCCGUCUGGUGGUGAAGACGUCUCUGAAGCUGCUCAUCGUGUUUGUGGAAUAUUCAGAGUCCAACAGUCCUCGACUCAUCAGCGCCGUCAACACGGUGGACGGAAAGAGAGGUGUGAAGCCGUGGAGUUACCUGAUGGAGGUCCUGGAGGAGAGAAACGGCUCCGACACAGAGCUGCUGAUGUUCGCCAUGACGCUCAUCAACAAGACUCUGGCGGCUCUUCCUGACCAGGACUCGUUCUACGAUGUGACGGACAGUCUGGAGCAGCUGGGGAUGGAGACCAUCAUCCACAAACACAUCAACAACAAGGGGACGGAGCCUGACCUGCGAGCUCAGUUCACCGUCUAUGAGACAGCUCUGAGGUACGAGGAUGGCGAGAUGGACGACUCGUCCUGUAACCUGCGUAAAGAGCGAAGGAAGACGACCACCACCGAUCAGGAGGGAAGAAAGAGCCGCCGCUCCUCCAGUCAAAACCUCCCUGACCUCCUGACCUCCUCCGCAGGCUCCUCCCCCUCCGCCUCCCCCACCCCUCCUGCCUUCGUCUCCCCCUCCACCGCCAACGCCCCCUUGUCCCCGGCCAUCUCCUCCGCCUCCUCCCCCAGCCCCACGGUGGGCAGCAGGGCAUCGUCCCCGCUGAUCUCUGACCCCGGUAGCCCCGCCUCCAGUCCAUCAGGGUCCCAGAGAGGGUCGCCGCUGCCCCCCCACACUGCCCCCAACGGUACCAUGACCACAGAGCAGGAGAGCAGCAAGUCUCCGCCCCCCGCGAGUCGCUCUUUCCUCAGCCACCACAUGUCAGCUCUGGGUCUGAGCAGGAAGUCCAGACUCUUCUCCAAAGCCAGCUCCAUCUCUGAGGAGCCUUCAGCCGCCUGCAGCUCGCCCUCCUCAGACGUCUUCUCUCAGCAGGACAAGUCGUCUCAGUCGAACCAGGAGCAGCUCGUCAACAAGACGGAGUCUAAAACCAGUUUCAACUUUGGGGAGGCUGCCCUGCUCUUCUGCUCAGAGGACUGUAAUGUAAAUCCUGACAGGCCGGUUCUGAGAAGGUUUGAAGACACCUUCCUGCGCAGCCUGGCCGCCACGCAGUGGGAGAAGAAGAGAAGAAGUAAACACCUCAGCCAGUCCAGGCUGUCCUCGUCUGAUGAUGUCAUAACCCCGAGCGUGCAGCCCGCAGAGGAGGGCAGCAGUGUCACGUCUGAGGAGCUGUCGCGUCAGGUCUCGACGUCCAGCAGUUCGGACACAAACAGACACUCAGACUCCCAGAAUGAAUCAGCGCCGUCGAUGCAGCGUCAGUGCAGCACUCUGUCCAACGACAGGAAGUUCCUGCUAGACAUGCUCUACUCCAAGACCUCCAGCUCAGCACCUCUAAGCCCACCUGCUGCCGCUGCUGCUGACACCACAGAGGAAGAAGGGAACUUCCUGCCUGGUGGAGAUCAGAGCAGUCGGGGUCGUGUGUUGGAGCGUCUGACCAGCUUCAGCUCGCGCUCAGCCGAGCCGUCCAGCCCGAGUGAGAGCAGCACCUCCCGCAGGGCGGAGCUGGAGGGGCUGGAAGGCUCCGCCCAGGCAGCGCUGGCCCGUCUGGCCGAAGAAAAACAGAACCGUCACCUCCGUCAGCAGUGCAGCAUCGAUGUGGAGAGCCACGCUCGCCGCCUGGAGACCAUCCAGAUGACCCCACUGGGCCCCGGGGGCCCCGCAGACGCCUGGGACCAGCUGCAGCCGAGCGCCGCCGCCCUGCGCAUCAAAGACUUGGACUUCUCCGACCUGAUGGACGAGGAGGACAUCGAUGUGUUGGACAUAGACACCUUCGACUCCUCCUCUUCCUCCUCCUGCUUCUCUGGCAUCCCUCCCCCUCCUCCUCCUCCCCCGGGCCUGGGUGCUCCUCCUCCACCUCCUCCUCCCCCUCCUCCUCCACCACCAGGUGGUCUCGCCCCACCCCCACCUCCUCCCCCUCCUCCAGGUGCUCCUCCUCCUCCCUCGUCCUCGUCGGCGUCCACUCAGAAGAAGAAGAAGAAGACGGUGAAGUUGUUCUGGAAGGAGCUGAAGCAGGCCGACGGGCCGCACAAGUGUCGCUUCGGUCGGGGGACGGUGUGGGCGUCGCUGGAUAAGGUGGCGGUGGACACCUCGCGACUUGAACACCUGUUUGAGUCUAAAGCCAAGGAGCUGCCCGUCGCCAAGAAAGGACCUGAGACCAAGAAGUCUGAGAUUCUGGUUCUGGACCCGAAGAGGAGCAAUGCCAUCAACAUCGGGAUGACCGUCCUGCCGGCCGUCCACGUCAUCAAGACCGCCAUCCUCAACUUCGACGAGUUCGCCAUCACCAAGGAGGGGAUAGAGAAGAUCCUGACCAUGACGCCCACAGACGAGGAGAAGCAGAGGAUCCAGGAGGCUCAGCUGGCCAAUCCUGACCUUCCUCUGGGCACAGCGGAGCAGUUCCUGUUCAGCCUGGCCUCCAUCAGCGCCCUGACCCCCCGCCUGCAGCUCUGGGCCUUCAAACUCAACUACGAGGCUCUGGAGAAGGAGAUCGCAGAGCCGUUGUUUGACCUGAAGCUGGGCAUGGAGCAGCUGGCGUCCAAUCAGACCUUCAGGAGAAUCCUCGCCACGCUGCUCGCCAUCGGAAACUUCCUCAACAGCUCCAACGCGAAAGGCUUUGAGCUGGGUUACCUGGAGAAGGUGGUGGAGGUGAAGGACACGGUGCACCGUCAGUCUCUGCUGCAUCACACCUGCAGCCUGGUGGUGGAAAAUUACCCAGAAUCCUCUGACGUCUACAGUGAGAUCCCCGCCAUCACCCGCUCCGCCAAAGUGGACUUUGAGCUGCUGUCUGAGAACCUGGUGCAGCUGGAGAGACGCUGCAAAGCAUCAUGGGACAACUUGAAAGUGGUGGCCAAACACGAGACAAAGGCCGUGCUGAAGAACAAGUUGACGGACUUCCUGAAGGACUGCACGCAGAGGAUCAUCAUCCUGAAGGUCGUCCACAGGAGGGUCAUCAACAGGUUCCACUCCUUCCUGCUGUUCCUGGGUCAGCCGUCGUCCUCAGUGCGUGACAUCAGAGUGACCAGUUUCUGUCGGAUCAUCAGUGAGUUCUCUCUGGAGUAUCGGACCACCAGGGAGCGCGUCCUCAGCCUCAAACGCAAACGAGCCGCUCACAGAGAGAGAACCAAGACCAGAGGGAAGAUGAUCACAGAGACUGAGAAGUUUUCGGGGGCGGUGCCUCACGAGGACAGCCCCUCCCCGGUCUCCAUGGCAGCGGAGGCGGAGCCUGGUCAGGAGGAGGAGCAUGAGAACAUGAAGAACCUUCUGAUCAGCAGCAGCAGCAGCAGCAGCCUGACUGUAGACCAGAGAGGCCUGAGACGCUCCCGAGCCGUCCGCAGUUUCGGCAGGGUGAGUCCGUCUCACAUGUCUGUAGCCAAAGACGACGGGACGAGCUCCCAGGACGACGCCACAGACGAGAUCAUGGACCGACUGGUGAAGUCCGUCACCCAGAAUCCCUCAGACAGACCGUCCAGCCCCAAGACCCGCAAACGCUCCCGACUCAACAGGAAGUCAUUGAGGAGGACUCUGAAGAGCGGUCUCAGUGUGGACGUGGUUCAGGCUCUGGGGCUCAACAACAAGUCAGCGGACAGAGUCUGAGACUCCAGCUGAUCAGUGAACACUAUUGAGACUGAACGCUGUCGACAUGAGGAGCGACUUCCUGCAGGAGGAGGAUGAACACCUGUCUCCCUCCUCUUCCUCACUGAUGAUGAUCUAUUUAUUAACAUGAACACGUCGACAUGUUUGACUCGCUGACAGCUGACGAGCAGCUCGUUCAAACUGCCGCCAUGUUUGUUCUGACAUCAUCAUCACAGUGAUUCUUGUUGCUGUCUGAGCUGCUGGAGGAGGAGGAGGAAACAUCUUCAUCACUGAGACGACACACAGACUAAAUAUUAAGAGAGAUGUGACUACACAUACACACACACACACACACACACACACAACGUCACCACUAGGUCCAUUGAGUGUUGUCAUAAAGUCACAUGACCUUCCUCGACACAUCUGCACCUCAGACCUUCACACCUGGCUGCAGUGAUGUCACUGCUGAGCGUGGUUACAGCUGUGGUGGUUGUUCACCUGUUUCUUUGUUCUUUAAACACUGUGUGUGUGUGUGUGUGUGUGUGUGUGUGUGUGUGUGUGUGUGUGUGUGUG